GCAUGUGAGACACACGUGUCCACCCUCGUCUGUCCGUCCACACCAUGUCACUGACAUGAGAGGAAGCCUGUGUGGGAGGCUGGUGGAGGGAGUGGCUGUGUCUACCCUCCUUAACCCCAUCCCUCCUGAUCGCUGCCUGGUCGGAAUGUUUGUGUGACCAGGUUAUUUUUAGGCGAGGCCGCUUGAAAUACUCCGACCGGGGCUCCAUUGAGGAUAAACACGAUCUGCUCUCGCGCCGUGUGGCACGUAAAACCAGGUUUUGGCUCGUCCCAGAGUUUGCCGUCGCAUUCUUUGCUGACAAGACAAGUCGUAGCUGUCUCUUUGUUUCUCCCUCACGAAACUAUCGUCUCCACCAUCCAGCGUUUGGCUGACUCUUGUGGCGCCGCUGAAUCUUCUGAAAGUACCUGAGAUGUCUCCUGACGAUCGUGGGACUGGAGUUGUCUGGGAGAUCAUCGACUCGGGCCAGGAUGGCCGGUCGGGGUCUGGACCUCAUCUCAGCGACUCCAUCAACCUUUUCCUCCAGGAGACUUCUGCUUUCAAACAGCAAAACCCCGGCAAGUUCUGCCUGCUGGUUUGCAGCCUCUGCACCUUCUUCGCUGUCCUAGGACGCUACAUCCCAGGGAUGGUCAUCUUGUAUAUUCUCGUGCUGGGCGUCUUCCUGUGGCCUCUGAUCUCAUCUCAUGACAUCGGUCUGUGGCUGGAGCCGGUUCUGCAGAAGCUGGACUUUGGCAUUGGAGAGCUCCUCCAGAAAAUCAAAGAAAACCAUGAGAAGAGAAUGAUGCAGACUCAGACUGAGGCGGGGGUGGAGUCAGACCUGUCCUGCAUGUUCCCUCAGCUCGACUCCACCGCCUGUAAGGACAUGUCCGUAUCGGACACGGAGGUUUCUGAGGUGACGUGGACGGACAACGGCACUUUCAACCUCUCAGAAGGACACACACCACAGACGGAGAACUCAGAGGACCUCGACAGAGAGGAGGCGUUCCUCGGUGGCCUCCAAGAAUUCCCUUCACUCGACAACGGCACAACGACCAAUGGCGACGACAGCGAUGACCUCGGCCUUCCCCUGCCAAUCAAAUCCAAGCAUACACCCCCUACUCACAAAGACCAAUCAGACGACAGGGCGCUCGAACUGGUCAACCAGAUGGCGGGAGACUUCAUCGCCGCCGCGGUUACAGCUGCCAUCCAGGAGAGAAUAGAAGCAGCCGUGGGCUUCCCGGCAUCGAGCCACGACAGGGACCGGUCCGGACUCCGGGAGUCCACCAGGCUGCUGGAGCUGGCCGAGGAGUCGGACAGCGAGGUGGAGGACUUUGAGCUGUUGGACCAGUCGGAGCUGGAGCAGCUGGAGGGGGAACUGGGGCUGGGAGAGAAGAAGACCCAGGUCAAAGAGGAGGCACCGGCCAAGACGGACCGGUCGGCCUCAACUGGAUUCUUCACCAAACUCCUCAGACGCCAGUGAUUGAUGAUAGAGUACGGUCGCAGGGCGGAAGGGGGAGUCCACCAGGACAUGUGGAAGGGGGAGGUGGGGAAGUUCUGCUCACAGGAAACUGGGGUGUUAUGAGAAAACAAUGUUUCCAUUAAUCUUUUUACUUUAGUGCAAAGAUCAACAUCUGUAAAACAUGAAGGUGGAGGCGACUCCUUCAGCCCAAUGCUGAGAUCAGACACACAGGUUCAGACACUCACAAAGAACAUAACUCACCAUAACUCAAGGUCCAUUAAGCCUUAAAGGUCUCGUGUUAGGAUGAAGUAAAUGGAGAUUAAUAUUCUCGAGUUAGUUAAUGAGUUAGUCCGCCAUGUUGCACCAUCGUGUUUCUACAACAUGUCGACGUGACCUCUUCUACAUGCUUGGACGAGCGUAGGGGAAUUUAGUUGUUGGGAAUUUGCUGCUUAAUCCACUAGAUGGCACUAAAAACGCUACACACUGAACCUUUAAAUUAUUAAAUUGCAUUUAUAAGUAUCUAACGAAGGUAACCAUGAUUUUCCAUCUGUGAGUUAACACGAAUCGGUCUUGUAGAGUCUCACAUGUUGCAUGAUUUGUCCGGUGGGGUCCGGACUCGUUUUAGAGGUCAGUGCAGAGGGCUAAGAACUUGUUUUUCAUCAGUUGCACCUCUGAUCCUAUUUGAUUGUUGAGGUUAACAAGUCAAACUAUAACGUAAUUGUAAGUAAACGAGGACAUUUGAACACGUGUAUCGAUGUUUAUUUAAACAGCUUUAACGAUCGUGCAGCACCUGCUGAAUAAACAGUGAUAUCAUCAAAUCACCACAACGUGAAGCACUCGUCCAGAGGCUGAAGAUUCAAGCUUGACCUGGAAAUACUCGUGUGACAAAAACAGUUUAAAAAACCCCAUUACACUAAAAUCAUUUAUUUCCAUCUUACAUCUAAAUCUCCGUCUUUUCUCUUCUUGCAUCCAAUCAGAAAGCUCUCUGGACUUGUUUACUUCCUCGUUGUGACAAUACAUUACGACAGUUAGACUCAAGGAGCUACGCUGUCACACUCAUCGGUUACAUCCGAGGUCGAAGGUGGCGAGACGUCUUCAUGACGCUCCAUGUCGAGCCACCAGGGGGCGUGAGGCACAUGCAGCGCUAUUAGCCAAUCAACAUCCACGACAGCUCCCUCCAUAGCUUUGUGUUGUUAGUAAACAUGUAGAAUCCAGCUGCGCUCUGACAAACGUGAAAGUUGAUAUUAUAAAAAACUUAUUUUGUAAGAAUUAAAACUGUGUGACGUGAAUAAAUCAUAAUUUAAUCACUUUUAAUGUCCCUUAAAUCUUACAACUCGUUUAUAGUUUGUUAAAAAACUUAUGACGACACAUUGCUGAUGAAUGCUGGGUUAGAAUACAGGGUUAGAAUUACGUGUGGCCGUUUAAAUGUAUAGACAUUAUAUGUAAACAUGCAUUUCUUUAAAUGUUGGGAAUACAAGCUUGACUCAUACGUAACAUGAAGAGAUAAUAGUAUCAAAUGUAUUUUAACCGCUGUCAUGUAUAAUCAUUCAAACCCACAAUCCGUCUUUUCAGCAUUACACACUUCUACUGGUUGGAUUGUCGAGGUUAAAAAGUAGGAACACUUUUAUUUAACCACAACAAAACUCAAAAUACUAUGCAUGCAGAUCUCAUUAUGAGUCUUAAACUUAUGAAAACAAACAUUUAGCUUCCUGUGCUUCCACACGUCUUCGGGCGCAGGUUUGAAAACUGAACAUGACAAAUAGAGCAUAUCUCUGGGGUGAGGGCUGUUCAGCUGCAACACCACACUUCACCACUAGGUGUCACUGAAUCCUACACACUGAACCUUUAAGUCACCUUGUCUGGGGUACGCUAACCAUCACGUUCAGUAUACUUUCAGGUCCUGAAUAAAAUCACAGGCCGAACGAUCCCGGUUGCAUUCAGAGCCGAUCUGAAGCUCUGGAGGCAUCUUCUCACUCCAUCAGUCCAAGUCCUCCUUCAUGCACUUUACGCUUCACCCCCCCCUCCUGCCUUUAAACACGCGUUGUCCCCUUUGAGAACGUUGGAACCAGAGAAGUUGAACCAACCCGAGGUGAUUACACACAAAGCAACGAGUGCCUGCCAAGUUGUAGCUACUUCACCAACCCGUGAAGUUUCCUGCCCCUCGUGUCGUUUGCUGUGUGAUUCAAAAAUGAAAGUUAAAUGUUGAGACGCUGGAUUUUCAUUUGCACCUUGAUGAUUAUUUAACGAUGCACCAGGUUGAGGAGUCGUCACUGAAUGAGGAGGAAGAGGAACUCCUGUAACAUGCUAGUACCUGAAGACGUUCUUUUAUUAUUUAACACGUGCAGUUCAACGUAUCCUCUUGAAUUCAUGAUGUAUUGUCGUGGUUCACCAACUCUUCCUAAGUUUCCGAAUAAUAAGAUGGUUUAUUUUUUAGUUCAUUAACCUUCCAGUUGUAUCAAGUUGAAUUCAGAGACACAUUGAGCCCGUUUCAGAAAGUUCUUGGUGAGUCGGAACCAAUAUGCAUCAACAAAAUGUACUUUUGUGUAUUUAAACUCAAGAUCAAUAAAAUGUUGUAAAGCCA